AUGUCAAAAAUAACUAAUUCGACAUUUCAAUGUGCUAAUACAACUUGUCUGCCAUUUGUCACUAAUAUUGUAUCGAACAUUCUCAAAUGUAAAAUGAAUUGCUUAGCUCAAACUUAUUGUCGAGCAAUUACUUUUCAUCAACUAACUUCGACAUGUCAAUUAUUUGAUAAUAUACCAAAUCCAAAUGGAAAUAUGUUAGCUGAUACAAAUACUAUUACUAUGAUUGUCAUUGUUGGAACACGAAAUCCACCUGAACCGACAACAACAUCCACAACGUCCACAACAACAACAUCCACAACAUCAACACCAUCGACAGCCUCAUCAACAAUAUCUAACGUAAUAGCAGGAAGCGGAAGUCCCUAUACUUAUCGAGGCAAUAAUGGACAAUAUUAUUCUUUUUCGAUAACAGGAUCUUUGGGUGGAGGCGUUUGGGGCUCAGAUAUUUAUACAGAUGAUUCAAAUCUUAAUGUUGCUGCUGUACAUGCUGGUUAUGCUCAAAACGGAGUGACAACUACAGUCGUCGUCAAAAUUUUACCUGGUCAAAGUAGUUAUACAGGUACUACUCGAAACGGCAUCACUACUGCCAGCUAUGGAUCUUUUGGUGGUAGUUAUAGUGUUGUUGGCAACUCUGGAUGA